GCAGUACCGGGAGCAGGGUCGAGAUGGAGGAAGAUGCGAACGGAGGCUGGCAGUCGCCGGGAACAGAGGAUAGAGUGGGAGCUGUGGCUUAGAGGUCCCGGCUUGGGGUUCGCCUCAGAGGCGGCGGAACCGCCCUGAUCUGAGAAGGUCUUCAGGCACGAUGGAGGACAAACGCAACAUCCAGAUCAUCGAGUGGGAACACCUUGACAAGAAGAAGUUCUACGUGUUUGGCGUGGCAAUGACGAUGAUGAUCCGCGUCAGUGUGUACCCGUUCACCCUCAUCCGUACUCGGCUGCAGGUUCAGAAAGGAAAGAGCCUCUACCACGGGACCUUUGAUGCCUUCAUCAAGAUCCUGCGAGCAGAUGGUGUGACUGGCCUCUACCGGGGGUUCCUGGUCAACACCUUCACCCUCAUUUCUGGCCAGUGCUAUGUGACCACUUACGAGCUCACCCGGAAGUUCGUAGCUGACUAUAGCCAGAGCAACACAGUCAAAUCACUGGUGGCUGGUGGCUCAGCCUCUCUCGUGGCCCAGAGCAUCACGGUGCCCAUUGAUGUGGUCUCCCAGCACCUGAUGAUGCAGCGCAAGGGUGAGAAAAUGGGCCGCUUCCAAGUGCGAGGGAACCCAGAGGGCCAGGGGGUGAUUGCCUUUGGCCAAACCAAGGACAUUAUCAGGCAGAUCCUGCGGGCUGAUGGGCUUCGAGGCUUCUACCGAGGCUACGUGGCUUCGCUGCUUACCUACAUCCCCAACAGUGCUGUCUGGUGGCCCUUCUAUCACUUUUAUGCAGAGCAGCUCUCGUACCUCUGUCCUAAGGAAUGCCCUCACAUUGUCUUUCAAGCCAUUUCGGGGCCCCUGGCUGCAGCCACUGCUUCCAUCCUCACCAAUCCCAUGGAUGUCAUCCGAACCCGAGUGCAGGUUGAGGGCAAGAACUCCAUCAUCCUGACCUUCAGACAGCUGAUGGCAGAGGAGGGCCCUUGGGGCCUCAUGAAGGGCCUCUCAGCCAGAAUCAUCUCAGCCACGCCCUCCACCAUUGUCAUUGUGGUGGGCUACGAGAGCCUGAAGAAACUCAGCCUCCGACCUGAGCUGGUGGACUCGAGACACUGGUAACCAGUGGCGGGGAGAGAAGCCUGCUGUUUCCCGCACUGCUCUGGGUCGGGGGCAGAGCGGGGAGGAUGGCAUGCUCUCCAAGUGCCCCCACCGCCCAGGUAGCCCUGUCCAGGACCAGGUGGCCUGUCUGGGACAGGGACAGGGACUGAGCUGUUCUUGCUGAAGAGGCUCCUUGGCUGGAUCCCCUGCCCCCAUUAUUUUUCAUUUUCUUACCAAACUGGGCUCCGUCACCCAGUCCCGGUACUCAGUCUCACCCUAAGGAAACCACUCUGCCCACGAAUCCCAUUCCACUCUCCCACUCCUAACCUUUCAUGUGGCCUCCCCUCCCUGGGAUCCUGAGAAGAGCUGCACGCACUGCUUGCUUACUACCGCUGGUCUUCCUCUUGGGCUUUCAGCCCAGACACCAAGUAGCUGCGUCAGCCCUUUCCUGCUUCAUCUCUUGGCUUGCUUAUUUUUACUUUGGGACUGAGCUGCCCACCAGACUACUCCACUUUUCCCUGCCACUGGGGGCAAGGUUUCGGUCACUCUGCACAGGCAGUAGGAGCAGCAAAAUCCUCUGGUUCUCCAGAGCACGCGUCCUCUCUUUGGAGAGUUACUGGGUUGGGGAGAAAUGUUGAUACUUUAGUUCAUGUGUGCAUUUUUUUUUUAACCUCUGUGAACCAGGCUACUGUCUUAGAGCAGCUAAAGCGCCAGUCCUGCAGUCAGAGCCCAACCCUUCCUCAGACUGGUGGAAAAAUGUAAUGUAGCUUUUCUCCCAACCCCAGUUCCAUGUCCCUUCCACGUCCCCUCAGUCCCAGCAGCCCCAGGGCAUAUAAGCUGUUGGCUUCCCUGGCACAGGUGACUGAAGCGGCGGGCACCGUCCUAAGUAGAUCAGGCUCUCGAGGACACGCCAGACUGGAGUACUACCCGGAACAGUCAAGCUGAGAGAGUAGUUGGUUUGGAAAGUGACAAAGGGGCAUGCGUGCCCCAGUGCAUCACCCCAGACCAGCUGAGCCAAGCCCAGGAGAGAGAAGCGCAGGUUCUCAGCCCCGGGCAGUCAUGACAUACACACAUACGCCCCGAGCACGUGGACUUACGGAAAAAACUUUGGUCUCACAAUGGGAGUCUCCCAGAUGUGGAACUGUUUGUGUAUUUCUCCCCCCCCGAAGUGAAGAGUCAUCCCAGUCAUGGCCCUGUGGAGGAAUGCACGGAAGAACAGUAAGAGGGGCCAGCAGGUCACCCAGUACCGGGACCACUGCAUUCACCAGCCUGAUACUGCCGAGAUUUUCUGUGACGCUCUCAGGAGCGCGAUGAGGGGCACUGCUUCCCCACCUCAUCCCCUCCUGCCCCCACCUUCUGCCCCCCGCCCAGCCGUCUCUUCCACCAAGCCUGUGUUACGGGCGGAGAGAGGUGCCGUGAACGGAACGAGACGGAGGCAUAUCAAACCCUGCAUUUCUACCGAAGACGUUUGGCCUGGCUGAUACUUCACACCUUCUUAUUGGCCCCACCCCUGGGAAAGGCCUUGCUGCCAUUCGAAAGGUGCUAGCUCCCUGAGGCCUUGGUACUUCUUACAGCUGCCCCACAUUCUACCACCCUGGCCAGAUCAGAACCUGAAAACCGCAUUUCUUGACCUUCACCGCCACCACUGCCCAUUUUGGUCUCUCAUCUUUGAGGGUUAUUCUCCCUUUCACUUAUCUUUUGUGUUUGUCCCUUCUUAUACUUUUUCAAGAGUCCUCCAAUUUCUGCCCACAAACGGUCGUUCAAAGAGUUGGGCCCUCAGAUCAUUCCGAAUGUCCCUGCCCCUCAGUCACCCCUUUACUCCAAGGAACCACCAACAUAAUGGAGGCUGUGGGCCCCUCCUCUCUCUUUAAACUCAUCCUGGUGAGACCUCUGGAGAUUGGCUUUCUCAGCUCCACAUCUUUCCCUCCCUAGAGAUUUGUCUUCAGUUCUUACCCACGAUGGCAAAGCGGGGUGACACACACACACACACACACUCGCUCACUCACUCACUCACUCACUCUCACUAAAGGAUUAUGUGUGUACAAUGAAAGGGACCCCUGGCCCCUACUUUCCAGUCCAAUAGUUUAAGGACUGGGAUUGAAUUUGAUUGAAAUAGGUCUUGGUUGGGGCUGGACCAUGGCCUUCCGUUUCCCCAGAACCAUAGACCCGACCUGCUGUGAUUGUUGAUUUAUUGGUCCGUGGCCAAAACUGGAAACUUCCGGAGACUUGGCCAGAGAGGAAACCUGAGGGGAGCCUUGAGGAACGGGAAUGCGAACAGUUGCCAGUAACGUUUGAUGAAGUGGACUCUUGUGAAUAUUAACAGCGAACGUUCACUGUUGCACUGUACCAAGUCUUUGAAGUAUAAUUAAAAGUUUUUAUUGAG